AUGAAGAAACUUAAUGUUCAAGAACAAAAAGAAACUGAUAAAUUAUUUGCAACAUCAACAGAUGCUUUAAAAAGUUUAUACAGUUCAAAAAUAAAACCAUUAGAACAAUUAACAAAAUUUGGAGAUUUCUUCUCACCAACUUUAACAGAUGCAGAUAUUGCAGCCAAACCAAUGAUUUUAUUAUUAGGACAAUAUAGUACUGGUAAAACUUCAUUUAUUAAUUAUUUACUUGAGAAACCAUUUGUUGGAAGUAAUGUUGCCGUUGAACCAUCUACUGAUAGAUUUAAUGCAGUAAUGCAUGGUACAGAUGAUAGAAUUUUACCAGGUAAUAUAGUAUGUGUUCAAUCACAAGAUUUUCCAUUUAAAGGAUUAGAGAAAUUUGGUAACGGAUUUAUGGGAAGAUUUCAAUGUUCAUUAAGUAAUGCACCAAUUUUAGAAAAAGUUAGUUUCAUUGAUACACCAGGUGUAUUAAAUAUUAUAACUCAUGGUGGUAAUGAAGGUAAAAAAGUUGGUAGAUCUUAUGAUUUUCCACAAAUUGUUGAAUGGUUUGCUGAAAGAUCAGAUAUGAUUUUAUUAUUAUUUGAUGCACAUAAACUUGAUAUUUCAGAUGAAUAUAGAGAAGCAAUUACAAAAUUAAAAGGACAUGAUGAAAAGAUUAGAAUUGUAUUGAAUAAAGCAGAUAAUAUUAAUGCACAACAAUUGUUACGUGUUUAUGGUGGAUUAAUGUGGUCAUUGGGAAGAGUUAUUACAACACCAGAGGUGAAGAAGGUUACGAUUGGUUCAUUCUGGAGUGGACCAUUACAAAACAAAGAGACAGAGAACCUUUUAUAUUCAGAGAUGGUGGAUUUAAUUAAGGAUAUAUUAUUAUUACCAAAGAAUGGUGCUAUUAGAAAAGUGAAUGAUUUAGUCAAGAGAUCACGUUUGGUGAAGGUUCAUGCAUUGAUAUUGAAUCAUCUUCGUAGCGAGAUGCCAGUGUUUGGUAAAGAGAAGAAACAAGCAGAGUUAAUUGCAAACUUGGAUAAAGAGUUUCAAAAGAUUAGUUUAAUCUCAAGAAUUCCAAUGGGUGAUUUCCCAGAUGUUGAUCAUUAUCGUACCGUAUUGAAAGUGCAUGACUUUACCAAGUUCCCAAAGAUCAAUGAAAAAAUGUUGGCCCAGUUGAAUGAGGUGUUGGCUGUCGAUUUCCCUAACCUUUUAUCACGUUUCCCAAUCGAUGGUACACAUAAACCUUCAGCCUACGAAUUGAAUCCAUUCGCUUUGGAUGAAGUAGAUGAAAAUGUACGUUGGACUCUAUUUGAGAAUGUAGAUAUCAGUGCAUUUGCACCAUUAUUCAAUUCCUUAAAUCCAAUGGAUGGAAAGAUUCAAGGUCAAGUCGCAAAGGGUCCAUUAUUUCAAUCAGGAUUACCUAACAAUGUUUUGGCUCAUAUUUGGAGAUUAUCAGAUGUCGAUCGUGAUGGUAAAAUGGAUAUAGAAGAGUUUGCUUUAGCUAUGCAUUUGGUCAAUGUUAAAUUAAAGGGUUAUGAGUUGCCUGAAACUUUACCAACAACUUUAAUACCCUUUUCUAAAAGAGGUGGUAUGUUCGGAUCAAACCCAAAUUCAUCUUCCUAUCAAACAAUCCUUAGUCAACCACAACAACAACAACAACAAUAUCAACAACAAUUUAUAAAUAAUUAUGAACAACAACAACAACAACAACAACAACAACAAUAA